AUGCCAAUGGAUUCAAAACCAGUAGUCAAGCGCCGCCGAACUUCAGACUGUAGCAUUACCGGUGCUUCUCUGGUUGAGCCGAGCCCCUUAGCCGACCAUUGGAAGGCCUUCCCAUGGAAUAAGUUCCCAGGAUUCACUGUCUCUGAACGUGCUGGCAAACAGACAUCGUGGGUCUGGCAACAUGGCUUCGAUAUUCAAGCUUGCGAUUCGCCCAACAGGAGGAAAUGGGUUUGCAAGCCCUGUCUGCAGAUGCCGAAGCCCAAAAGAACAGACUUUUCUGCUCUUGGUACCCAAAACAUUGAGAAGCACCUAUACAGGGAACAUAGACUCGUUGAUGAGUCUGGCAGAAGACUGCCCGCACUCGCAAAACGGCUGAAAGAAAAGACACCUUCGUUGAAUAUUGUCAAAAUGCUGAAACUCGACAUCGACAACCCAAAAGAGCAAGCCAUCGCAAACGCCCUCAUCCAGCGCUUCGACAAGGAUCGUUUCCAGCGACUGCUUCUCGAAUGGGUGGUCGACGCGAACAUCUCCUUUCGCCAGCCUGAGCACUGGCGCCUUCGACGCGUAUUUGAGUACCUCAAUCCAUCAGUUGCAGCAACAAAUGCUCACAUUUCCCACAACACCGUCCGAAGGCGCAUAACCGACCUCCAUCUCCGAUAUAAGUCGCAGAUCAUCAACCACCUCAGGACAGUACCAGGCCAAAUCCAUAUUGCGUUCGAUGGCUGGCGCUCUAGAAACCGACACGCCCUGUACGGAAUUGUCUGCUUCUACAUUGACAGUAGCGGGGCGCCUUCCAAGCUUGUUCUUGGUCUGCCAGAACUGAAGAUAUCUCAUUCUGGGGAGAAUAUUGCUGCGCAAAUCACGGAAAUCCUUGAGAGUUACGAGAUUCUUGAAAAGGUUGGGUAUAUAACGCUGGACAACGCUGCCAACAUGGACACGGCCGCGGAAGAAAUUGCAGAAGCGCUGGGUUUGGACCCCAAGAUAAGACGAGUGCGGUGCUUCGGCCACGUGCUGAACUUGGUGGUAAAGGCUCUCUUGUUUGGGCACAAGUCCGAGGCUUUCGAAGCCGAGGUCGAUGGGGAGCCCGGUGUUGAUGCUGCACAACACGAGGUCUGGCGAAAAAAGGGCCCCAUUGGGAAGUUGCACAACUUAGUUCACUGGAUCCAUCGGUCCGACAAGCUGACGUAUCGGCUUCGUGCUCUCCAAGAAGAAUUCUUGGAACGGUCUGACAGCCCUCGCGCUCGGGCACGGAAGCCGUGGGACGUUGUUUGCGACAACCAAACCCGCUGGCUGUCGACCUUCUACAUGAUUCGGCGGGCCCUCAAGUUGCGCCCUUUCCUCGAAGAUCUCGUUGAGAAGACCACGAUCGAGUUCAACAGGGAACGCCGGAAGGGCACGAGGAGGAAGGAAGAAUUGCCAUUGUGCCUCCGUGAGGAGAGCCUUCUGAGCGAGAAGGACUGGACGGUUAUCGAGCUGAUGGAGAAGGUGCUUAUCGACUUCGAGGAAGCACUGCGAAUGCUCGAGGGCGAUGGUCAAAGACGGCUACGCAAAGGAGAACGUGCCCAGUCGUACGGCAAUAUGUGGGAUGUCGCCUCAACCUACGAAUUCUUGAUGGAUAGGUUAGAAGAGUGGAAGUCAACGGCGGAGAGCUACCCUGAUCCGGAGCACUUCAAGAUAAACAUCAACCUCGGUUGGGACAAAUUGAACGAGUACUACACGAAGUUGGACGAGUCGCCGGCGUACUAUGCAUCUGCUGUCCUACACCCAGUCUCCCGUUGGGGCUACUUUGAGAAUACAUGGACCGAUCAAGAACAGCUACCAUGGCUCCAUAAGGCCAAACAGUUGGUCAGGAGGCUGUGGGAGGAAGAGUACAAAUCAUUGCCGACACAGUCGGUGCCUGACGAAGAACCCCCAUUGAAGCGUUUCAAGGUAAUGAGCGCUCUCGAGAGACACCGAGCCUAUAGGACUUCGACCCUGUCAGGCAGAACCUGUUCCGGUCAGGGCUCAAUGAACGCGGGACAGGACGAGUAUGACCACUGGCUGUCACAUCCCGACGCCAAGAACGACGCUAUGGUGACGGACCCUGUGCAAUAUUGGUGGGAGAAGAGGAACGAAUACCCACGAUUGUCGCGAAUGGCUCUUGACCUUCUCUCAGUCCCGCCAAUGUCUGCGGAGUGUGAACGGCUGUUUAGCGCUAGUGGGCAGAUGGUGUCGCCGCUACGGACCCGAUUGGAAGCUAGCACCAUAGGGAUUACGCAGACAUUGAGAUCUUGGGUUCGGAGCGGGCUGGUUGAGGCAGUGGACUCGUUAAUUGAUGUGUCUGGAGAGGUUGAGAGCAGCAUCAUAAUGGGGAGGGAGGAUGGUAGCAUGGUGGGCCUCGUGACGGGGGUUGGGUAG